AUGUCGAAAAAAAAUCGUGGACCUAAUUUCUGUGCUAAUGAAAAAGAAAUUUUAAUAGGACUCAUUCUAAAACAUAAACAUAUAAUAGAAAACAAAAAAACAGAUGCAGUGACGAUUGCUCAUAAAAAUGAGGGUUGGAAGGUGCUCACGGAAGAGUUCAACUCCCUGAGUAGUUUCAAUGUCCGAAAUACCGACCAACUUAGGACUUGUUGGGAUAACCUUAAAAGAACGACAAGGAAAGACAAAGCUGCAACUAAGAAGGAGAUUUUCUUAACAGGUGGGGGCAAGCCCAAUCAUCCACCACCAGGGCCUUUUCAAGAGCAAGUAGAAAUAUUACUUGGCCCUACAUUAGAUGGUCUUCAUAACGAAUUUGAUAGUGAUGGUCAAUUUCAAGAAGACUCGGUUACACCGUCGAAUAAAGUAAUGGAAGUUGCAGAAGUAUUACCGACCAUUGUUUUAUUAGAUGCAGUACCUGGCUGUUCAACUGUGAUUGACCAAGCUGGUUCCUCGGGACUGAAUAGCUCCUUGGCUGAAUCAGAGGGUUUAAAUAAGGAAGCAAUUGAUGGCAGAAGUCGUUGUGAAGUUCAGGAUAAGGAUAAUAUUUGGCAUGGUUGGUCUCCAGCUGCACUAAAAACCAAAAUGUCAGAUGCACUGAUUACAAAAAAAAAGGGGAGUCCGACAUGGCUUCACAGGAGAAGACCAAGGGCUUCAAUGGCUGACAAUUUACUGGCUAGCAAGUUGGAGCUAGUAGAAAUUUUGAAAAAAAAUGUAGAAAUUGAGGCAGAAAAGAAAAAUUUAUUGCUCGACGAGCAACUUAAACAAGAAAGAUUAAAAACUGAACUAUUAGAGUUACAGUUAUCUUUGGCAAAAAAUAAAAAUUAG